AUAUAAGAAUAAUAUGAUUGUACCGAUAAUUACAAAAAAAAAUAAUUAUUCAUUGUCUGUAUUUCGAAACAAAGCGCGCUCUUCUAUUUGCGCAAUGUUCGAUAACCGUGACGAUCGUUGAUUGAAAGUAGCAGUUUUCAGGUUAGAUGUUUUCAUGAUAGGUAGUAGAUGAUAUUAAGUCCGCCAUUGCGUUGGAAGAGACGAGGGAACGAUCUCGGCAACUUCAGGAAUUUCUUUCGCGCAGAAUGACGCGAUGCUAACGGAACGGGUGGUGAUGGAAACAUGGCGGCAGAGAGAAGAGAGAAGAGAGCGCGAAGAAAGAGCGUCGGUGAGAACGGAGAAGGAAUGGGGGGGGGGGGAAGACCAAAUAAAGGGUGGAGAAGCACGUGAUCCAUACGUACGUUCUACGAUUGGUGAAAGCGAAGGUAACUAUACCCCCCCUCCCCUGACCUGCUCCCGCUCGCUCGACCGCCUUUCCCAGGUUCCGUGCAGCCGCCCGCUCAGAAUAGUUCCAGAUGUGGCCAUGUUUAGUUUGAUCUUUGAAGUUUUCGCUCAUCGUACUCACAAUUGCUACAUUUUUAUACUAUCUUUGCUGACAAUUAGUAGUAACGCUCUGUCCGAAAGAUAAUCGUACUCUUCGCCUGCCUGUCUGCCUGUCUGCCUGCCCGCCCGCCCGCCUGCCUGUCUGCCUGUCUACGGUCACUAGUCUCGUUCACACAAACGUUCAUUAUCUCUUCUCUUACCAACACAAAAAGAGAGAGAGAGAGAGAAAGAAAAAGAGAGAAAGAGAGAGAGAGAGAGAGAGAGCGAGAGAGGAGAAAGAAAGACUAAGAGACAAAAAGAGAGAAAGAUUAAUAAGAUUUUCUUUAAAAUCGCGGAAGAAAAACGCGAAACGUCACCAUCGCGUCGUCACCGACUACAUCGUCGAAGAUUCAUGAACGAUACUCGCGCGAAUCCGUGAACCGAUAAGAAAAAAAAAAGAAUUUCAUUUUGCUUCGAUCGACGCGUAAAAAGAAAAACGAAAAUACGUCGGGCUUAAUAUUAUAUAUGGUAUAUAGAAAUACGUAGAAUCAUUGGACGCUUGCCCUCUUGCGGUCGUUUUUUAGGAAGGGAGCAUCCACGGAUGCGAUCCCUUUUCCGUUCCCCCUCUCCCGCGUUACAGAGAGAAGCACGGAGGACGACAAAUUUGAUCACGUCGGGAUGCGAAGUGCAAGCUUCUCGUGGCUUUGUCCGUACACCUUUUCGUCGAAGACACUGUUUUAUCAUAGAUUUACCUUGAACGCGUUUAAAUAAUUAUUCUAUCGAUAUUCGUUUUCAUGUCCAAUAAACCGUCUAUAUACUAUCGCAUCCCAUGACAUUCGUUUAAAUCGAAAUUAUUUGUCACGCGUAAUAGAGGUACAUAAACGGAUAAUGAUUGUUCCAUGUGCCACGUCAGCAGAAAUGACGUAGCUCUGUGGCAUGACAAAUAUCGCGCCAUUUUCUUCUCUAUUUAAUUAACCGAGAGAGAGAAAGAAGGAUAGGGAGAUACCACAGUGAACAUGUCUUAUCAAAUUUAAGUGCGAUAUCGAUUCGAAAGAACUUCAGAAAGCUUCUAGAUAUAUAUAUAUACAUACAUACAUACAUAUAUAUACAGUUAUUCGAGUUUAGCUUUCUCUUUGUGUGAGAGAAAGCGAGAGAGAGAGAGAGAGAUACAGAAGCGUUCGGUAAACGAGACCCGUUCUGAGAGCAGACUUAUAAAUUCGGGCUGGGAGAAAGAGGCUAAGAAUUGUAUUCUUUUUUUUUUUAAAUUUAUAAUAUCUUUGUCCGUGGGAAUGCGCUCACGCGAGCAUGUAAUAGAUACCGACAGAUAUAGAGGGAGAUAGAGAAAGAGAGAGAGAGAGAGAGAGAGAGAGAGGAUUAGCGAAAGAGAGGGAGAAAGAGAGAUAGAGAGAGAGAGAUAGAAACGGACAAUCGGGCCUUCCUUUGAGUUUAUUUGCCCAUUAUCAAGUUAUUUUCAAAGUCUCAAAUGAUCAUAUACAGGCACGCGAAUCCACGAGCAAAGAUCCGUCGUGUGUGGUCGCGUCUAUCGAUCGAAUGAUCAACUUCGGGCCACAGUGGUAUAUCGUAUGGUACAAAACACGAUCGAUCGGGACAAAACAAUGGCAUUAGAGAGUGUUUCCGUGGCCGAGACUCUAAUCCAAAGUAAUAAUGAUAAUGACUUGGAAGAUGGAGAAAUUCCUUCCGAUGAAGAUGACGAGCCAGUUACUCGUCCACAGGUCGAAAUAACUGAAUCUGUUAAGCCAUCUCCAAAACAAGAUGUAUCAAAGAAUAAAAAUUUUGAUUCUAAGUUUAAUAAGAACAAAAAGCAGCCUAUUCAAGGAACAACUGCUAAACACGAUAGAUACUUAAAGUAUAAAAGUCCAACAGAGGAUUGGGCAGGCGAUGUAGAAAAAGCUAUUAGAGCAGCUCUUGAGGAAGAUGGGAAUAGAAAUACAGAUUCAAAAUCAAAGAACAAAACUAAUAGGAAUAAGAGUAGGAAAAGAGUACGCGAUGAGCGAGAUGAAGAUCGUUCAAAAGAUCAAAAGAAACGAAAAUUAAGCGAUGAAGAGAAUGGUAAUGAAGAUGAUGAUGAAAUGGUUUUUGUUCGAGGUGCAUCUCCUAUUAGAAAAGAUUCUCAAGAUAAUAGUUCUCCUAGACAUACUAACGAUCAUGAAAAUUUUGAUAGUAAUUCUGAUUAUGAAGAAAGAUCCAACAUAAAUCGACAUAGAGAAAAUGAGAAUAAGCGUGGUGGUAAUGGAAGAGGAGGUCGUAGAGGUGGAAAAAAUGAACGCGGUGGAAAAAAUAAAGGCCGUGGGCAAUUGAGGAAUGAAAGAAACGGACGAAGAAUUCAAACCGCUGAACAUGGACAAGAUCCUGAAUCCAUAUGUUUGUAUUACAUGCAAGGAAAAUGUCACAGAGGAGAUGAUUGUCCUUUCUCACAUAAUGCUUUACCUCCCAGAAAGAUGGAACUAUGCAAGUUUUAUCUUAUGGACUGUUGUGCUAAAAGGGACAAAUGUCUUUACAUGCACCAUGACUUUCCAUGCAAGUUCUUCCAUACUGGUUUGAAAUGUAACCAAGGUGAUAACUGUAAAUUUUCGCAUCAACCUUUAAACGAGCAGGUAAAAGGAAUUCUUUUGAAACAUCUUGAAACUGCACCAAAAGAAAUUCUUGGGGAUUUUCCACGUUUGAGUAGAGAAAGAGCAAUGUUAAUGAUAAAUAAUACAGCUACAGCACUCGCCCAAGGACAAGAUACAACGAAUCAGAAAAUUCCUAGUUUAUUUGAAUUGAAUGUACCUGCACCAAUAAAUGCUUUAGACAAAAAUGAAAACAAGGAUGAAAAAGAGGAAACAUCCAAUCAACAGAAAAGUACUGUUAGGGAAAGAAAACCUUCUGGAAAAAAGACACGUUGGGGAUCCGACGAAGACAGAGUACCAUAUGAACAAAUUAUGUUACUACAAUCAGCCAAUGAACUCGGUCUUCAAUUGCCUAAUGCAGCUUUAGGUUUAGCGACUCAGCAGCAAUUGCAACAAACUCAAAUAUUGCAACCAUGUGUUCCAAGCAUGGAUUUUUACACUGAAACUAAUGCAGAUUCUAAUAAAACAAAUGUAAAUAAAUCGAAAGAUGAUUUUCCAAAGGAGGUACAAGAAGAUGAAAUUUUAGCACAAGUAAGAUACACGGCAAAAAGAAAAACUACAUCCACUAAUGAGAAUUCAAAGGAUAUAGAUUUGAGGGAGUUAUUAAAAGGUUCAAAAAAACCACCACCUGUGGUUAGUAUAGCUGAUGAAGUUGCAAAUCUUAGUAAAUCGAAAGUUGAUGAAGAAAGUGAUCAAGAUGAUGAAACCGAGCUUGUCAUUGAAAUGCCAGUUGAAGAUGACGAUAAAGAGAAAGUUGUAGAACCACGAAAAGAAUCAUCGACAUCAAACGAACAAAGCAAUAUUUCGAAUGUAGCUUCACCUUCCACAGAAGAACAAGAAGUUCCAUCCCAUUUACCAAAAAAGGCUCAAGAAUUAUUUUUACGUAUCCAGCAGCAACAACGUGCUGCACAGGAUAGUUUUAAAAAUGUGGAAGAUGAGAACAAUGCACGUAGUACAGAUCAGAUUUUAGAAGAUUGGUAUUCGGAUGACGAUGACGAUGACGAUGGUGGUAAUUUAACAAUAGUACUUUCUUCGAAAGAUGCGUCAAAAGAAGAACCUGAACCAUCUGAAAAGGCUCAAAAUGUUAUUGUAAAAGAACAAUUUCAAUCUGCAUCUUCGGCACCAAGUAUACCUCAACCAGCAGUUAUUGUAGAUAAACUUGGAGACUUAAGUAAAAUCGAUAUAAGUGCAGAAGUAUCUAAAUUGUUAUCGUCUCUUAAGGCACAAAGUUCAACAAAUGGUAAAACUCUACAAACUCAACAGAAUAACACUAUAAAUACGCAAGAAUCUUCAGCUUCAAAAAUGAAAUCUACACAAGAUACAAAUAAUUCUACAACUGAAUACAAUCCUACGACUAAAACUACUAAAAAUUCUACGUUUGGUAUUUCAAGUCAAAUUUCUAAGGUUGAAAAUGAAACCUCAAGUCCUAGAUCGUCACCUGGUACAAGUUCGACGGUAACUCCUGCAUCUAGAGAUCCUCGAAUGUCCAGAGAUCCUCGACAACGUCGAGAUGAACAGAAACCAAGCAGUCCAAGUAGGAUAGAUCCUAAAAAGGAAACGAAACAUCUUAGGUUAGAAACAAGUAUCUACAGUUCUGGUAUUACAGCUGUAGACACUAAUAUGGAUACAGACCUUAGAACUAGGGCAGAUCAAGAUCUUCGAAGGAAAGACAUGGAUUUUAGACAACGUUUCCAAACUGGUUUUGGAGAUACAGAUCUUAGAGUAGUUGGUGCAGGAUUUACAGAUACAUCCACUAAAUCGGACGUUGAUCUGCGACAAAUGUUAAGUUUACCAUUCAAACCAGCUCCUUCACAUAUCCCAUGCACCGAAAUAGAUGCAAGUUACAAUUCCCAUCCUCCAAUGACUUACAAAGUAUAUGUCGUUGACAUACCAAGACCUGAUUAUACAGGUUUAAAGCUCACGAAAAAUGACCCACAAGUGAAAUACGAUCCACGUCUUAGAAAAAUUUUUCGUGUUAGUAAAGCCGAAAUAGCUGAUUCUCCUAUGUCUCCGCCACCAAUGAAGCCAGACACGCCAAAAUCACCUCCGCAAAUUCGAUCUGAUCCACGAAGAAAAGCGCUCGAAGUUUCUAAUCAAUCCUCACAGAAUGUUAGUGCUUCCAUGAUACAAGGUGCUUCGCAACAAUCGAUGGAAAUGCCUAAUAUGGCUCUUGGUCCCCCUGGUAUGCCUGUUACACAAAAUAUGCCAGGAUCACAAAAUAUGAUGACUAUAUCAUCAAAUGCAAUGCUUGGAAAUAUGGGACCCAUGGGUCCCAUGAUGAAUUCUCCUAUGGGUCCACAAAAUAUGCCUCCAAUGAGUAUGACCAAUAUGCCAAACAUGCCACCAACAAUGAAUAUGAAUGGACCAGUCAUGUCACAAAGUCAAAUGAACUAUGAUCCACGUUACAAUGCACAACGCAAUAACGGAGCUGGACUUUUAGGUCCUGCUCCUGGUGUAGGUUUUGGACCUGAUGUUGCUCCUACGUAUGAUGGCCCUCCCCCAUAUUCUGGUGGUAAUUUCAACAAUUUUGGUCCAAAUUCUGGCCCUGCAGAUCCUAGUUUAAUGGGUUUCAAUCCAAAUGGGCCAAAUCCUCCAAAUUUUGUUAUGGAUAGUGGUCCUGAUUGGAAUGGUGCAAAUCAGAAUAGACGUGGCGGUCGUGUUAGAAGACGACAUCGUAACAGGACCAACAUUGUGACCAAUAAUUAAUGCAAUAAUUCAUCCAUUUGUGUAGGUACAUAACUUAAGUACCUGAUGAUAAUUCUCAUAUGUAUGAUUAUACUAGCAUAGCACGCAUUGUUAUAUAAUGCAAUGAGCUAUAUGGUUCGCUUCAAUUAUUUUAUUGUCAACUGUACAAAUGUUUGACAGUAGGAAUUGUCCUUACAUACUUUAGUAUAUAAAAUCGAACACACAUUGGCAGUGUGUAUAUGUAGUGCCGAUAAUUGCACUGUUUCGAGUUUUACUCUUAAGGCUACAUGCAUAUAGAGUAAAUACAAUAUGGAACAAAUAAAGUUGGAAAACAUUGUUUUUGAUAAUACAGAUAAUUAAAUUUUAAGGAAAAUCUGUAUAUAUCAUGUAUUUAUGAUUACUUCAAAAAGACAUUUAGUAAUUAAGAUACGCAGAAUAGGAAAAUAUUAGAUUGUACUCUAAUUGAUUUAUAUUUUUGUUAUGUCUUCCAAUAUAUAGUACAUAUACACACUUGCGCGCAUAUAUAUAUAUAUAUACGAAAUAUUUCAUUUAAGAAAUUCAACAUGCCAUCUUUGCUUUUUGAUUAUACAAAAGUCAGUUAUAAAUGCACCAUUUACAAUUUUAACAUUUGAUUUAUUUAAGCAUUGUUCUAUACGUGAAUUUCUCACUUUUGUAGGACUAAUUUUUGUAUAGAUUUUGCUAAUAGAUUAAAAAACAAAAUAAUAUUGUAGUUCCUGUUUUUAUUUAUUGUAUUACAUUAUAAUCUUAAUUGCAAUAUAAAAAAGGAGUUUGGUGCAAUUAUAAAUCUAAUGUUCAACUGUUAAAUAUUAAAUUAUGUUAUAGAAAGUAAAUAGCUCUCUUUAAAUUAACUCUCAUGAGCAUAAUAAAUAUUAAUAAAUUACAAAAUGUAACAUACGUACAUAUAGAUACCAUUCUUAAUUUACUUGCAUUUUUCUAUAACACAAAUUUUUCUAUAAUCAUUUCUGCUGACUUUUGUUGAACAUAUUUUGUAUAUCCAUAAGCAAAGAAUAUGUAGUAAAUAAUACAUUGAUUCUACAAAACAUAUUUAUAUUUAAUAUGAUGUAUUAUAAUUGGCACGAAGUCCAGCUUACUUUUUCAGAUUUUUUAAUACAAAUAAAAUUACAAUAUAUAUAAACCCUGAUACAAAAAUGUUAUAUUUUGUAAAAAAAUAGUGUAUCAAUUUUACAAGUUUGUUAUAUAUGGAAUAAUUUUUUAUAAAUAUGGUAAUCCAAAAGGUAUUUAGAUAAUUUAUACUUUGUUAUUAAUUGGAUAAUUUCUUGGAAUUUAUAAUUUUCUUGGAAUUUAUAAAAUUCUAUCAGAUGAUAUGAUAUAGUUUGUAUAUAUUAAUCUACCUGAUUAGAUUAUAACAAAUUUGCAUACCUGCAAUAAAAAUUAUACUUUACAUUUAAAUCAAUGGUGCAGGUUCACUGCUAAUAAUAAUCUAUAAAAAGAUAUUUAAUCUAUUACAAAAUCUAUAAACAGAUAAAUUUAAUUUACAAAAUAAACAUUACAAUAUGAAGCCAUAUGGAACGCAGUGAUACACACAUCUGAUAUACACAUCAUUUAAACCAUAUUAAAUUACUUAAUAUAUUCAAAUUCAUGUUGCAAUUACUAGAUUUCCUUUUAUCGUGUUAAAAUAUCAUAAAACAAAAUUACAUUUAUGAAAAAACGUAGUUUAUUAUAUCAUAAGAUAUUUGUACAGUUAAUUCAUAUAGGAUGUUACUUUUUGCUUUAUUUUAGUAAUGUACAUAAUUGUGUAUUUGCUCUGCAAAAUUUUUUAAAUACAAGUAUAUUAAAUAUGAUUAUAAAAACAUGGGCAUUUAUGUAGUCAUCCAAGAAUUAAUCUUCUGUAUAAAUACAAACAUACUUGCCCUUAUAAUUCAAAUAUUUCAUAUAAUGUAUACCUUCAAUGUGUUAUAGGGCUUAAUGGAUCAGCUCUAAUAGCUGAUAAAUCUAAACGUGCAUCCAUUUCAUCAUCUAGUUCUCCCACAAUUGCUCUGCAAAAAAUGGUUGUUAAAAUGUAGUUAUUUAUUUUAUGUAAUGUGUAAGAUAUUGCAAUAUAAAGUCAAACAAAGUAGUCUUAACAAUGUUUUGAAAAUCAAUGAGUAAUAAAAUAGAGAAUAUACUUAGAUAGGUCAGCAAGCCGUCUUACAAUAAUAUUGUAUAAUAUUUAGAAAAUUCGUAUCAAAAGUAUUAAGGAAAAAAGCUAAGAACAAAUUUUUAUAUUAUUCUUGAUCUAACAGUUUUUAUAUAAAACAAAUAUUAUAAUGUAUACAUUUUCAAUAUUGCAUAAAACCUGUUAUCAUCUGUAUAAUAAUAGUUAUACUAACACAUUAUCUCCUCUGAUGAUAUGUAAACCCAAAACAACUUGUUCUACACCUUGCGUUGUGCUAUAUACUCUCUCAUGUGAUUCAUCCAAUAUAAUAUUAAUUGUUUGAUCAAAUCCUUUUAAUGUGCC